UUGGUUUGCUAGCUAAAGUGGCUAUCAUUAGCCAGACUAGUAAGGAGUUAACGUUAGCUAUACUUAGGUGUAUCUCUAGUUAAAUUUGCCGUAGCGAUGUGCGAAUUAAAUUAGAAGUAGCUACCACAAUGCAAAAAGCCAAUGGCAUUGUUGGGGUAGGGGAACGUUUCAUACUAAACUACUCUUAUUCUGACAAUGACUAUAGUAGGUUAGCUAAAUUAGGUUAUUCCGCGUUCAAAACAACUACUAACUCGUAAAUCUCGGACUUGCGUGUUCAAGUCAAUUGGGAACCCGAGAAAUGUUUUUUUAAAGCUCCGACUGGCGGGAAAAAAAAUCGUUUAAUGGUCAUCUAACUCGGAAUUCCAACUCAAGAACUCGGGCCUAGUUCUAGAACUCUAACUUUCCGACCUGAAGAUCAGACGUCAUGAUUUGACCACGUCAUUUUUAGUGUUCACAGGUGUUUUAAACGCACCAAUAGUUACAAACACACGUUGUUUUCUAGAUCGGGGGUGUAUUCAUUACAGAACACGUUCAGUUUAAGAACCAAACAGAACUAAACUCGUUUUUGGACAAAUGCAGGUCUGUCAUAGUUUCGUUCGCUUCCGUUUUAAGAAACGUUUUGCAACAGAAUCGGCGCUAUGAAUAGACCCGUGGGGCAAGAGGAGUCUUAAACGCGCUUUAUCGUUACAUUCAUCCCCACAUCACACAUUUUUAUUAGUGACUGGCUUUAAUACACCUUUGUUAAUCAUUAAAGUAAAAAUGUUGCUAGAGUAGUGACAAACUUUCCUCUGUUAGAACAGAUCCAACGCAUGGGCCAACCCAGGCAAGGGAGGUCAUGACUAAUUACCACAGCCCAUAGAGAGUGAUAGAGGUCUCUAGUGGCCAAAAUGCCUGAUUGGCAUGGGCUGCUAAAUUUAUGCCUAACCUUAAAUUAAGACCAGAAAGCAAGUUUUUGUUCAUGUAUUUUUACGAUUUGGCCAAUUUUGGCUGUGGUAACUAGUGACAAUCCGGUGAAAACCCAAUCUGCGCCAUUCGGCAACAUGAGCCAUUGUUAAGAAACAUAGAACAUCUCCUUUCCAUAAAGUAUAUAUUCACAUUUUCGUACUAGAUUUCAUUGGAAAGGCAGUGUUUAUCAAAAGCAAUCACUUUUGCAUGUGAACACACAGAAUCGUACUCAUUACUCCACAUCCUUAAUCUACCUCACUUUCGUUUUGAGUGAACUUUGCCAAUGAAUGCAAUCACUUUUCACCUGGUGCAAACUACUUUUGCCAGGGAUGUAUUCAUUAAGCCAAUUCUGUUGCAAAAUGUUUUUUGUUCAACGUGACGUAAAAGCGGUUGGGUUCUUAAACGGAAGUUGUAGUUAAUUUUAAUUGUAUGAUUUCCAUGCAUUGCCAUUUCAAUCUGAAUAGUCUGCAAUGUGUUUGAGACAAUAUCCACAGGAAAAUAGUAUUAAACAGACUUCAAAAUGCAGGUAUCUGUGUGUGGCAGUCAAUACUAAGACAAGUGCACACAUAGACAGGAUGCAUGCAUACAUCAAAAGUCUUGCAGGUGUUUACAUGGUAUACGCAGGUGACAGAUAUCUCAACGCCAGUACCGACGCUCUAAUAAUUCAGGUAAACAACAUUUCCUGUGGAUAUUUUGACCAGUUGAAGGACUAACCGCACAGACAAUCAGAUGAAGCCCUGGCCUUCUCGCUAGUGACUGGUAUAAACCAUGCCAUGGCCAGGCUGGUGGACAUCUGGGACAGCAUGGGCAUCAUGGAGGAGCAGAGGGUAGAGCGGAUGGAGACGGUGAAGAAACACAUUGAGGGCCUUUUGAAUGACAUGAUCACUGAGGAGGAAGCUUUGAAGCACCGCAUCCGAACCAAUAUCAUCACUUUUGAAAAACAGUUGGAUACCUUGUGUCUGGAAAUGUCAAUGGAUCCAUACAAAUUGGAGGAGGGUCUGACAGUCCUCCAGAUCGAGAAGAACCUGCGUCUGCGUGUGGAGAUUCUGACCAAGGAGAAGGGGGACCGUUUGAAGGAGCUACACGGACUGCAGCAGCAGGAUAAGGAACUGUGCUUGGAGCUGUGCGUCACUCCCUAUUAUGUUCCAACAGGCAGCAUGCCCUCACGCACUCAGCUGCAGGAGCUCCGGGAGCACCUCAAGACCCUCAGUGAAGAAAAGAAGAGUCGUGCAAAGGUGUUCUCAGGGCUGCGUGAGGACAUCAGGAAGCUCAUGGAGGACAUGGGUCAUAAACUAGAAACCAGUCUGGAGAAAGAGUCGGUGUGUCACGGCGAGGAGAUAUUCCUGCUCACGCAUGAAAACAUCAAAGCCCUCCAACUGCUGUUGUCCCAGAUGAAGGUCAAGAAGGAAUCCCUGAUGAAUACUCUGGCUGAGCUGAAAGAACGAGCUAUGUGCCUGUGGAAUCGUCUGGAAGCGCUGGAGCAAGAUCGCACUGCGUUCCAGGAGAGUGUGCAGGGUACCCUUUCUGACCAAAUCACACAGUGGCAGGAGGAGGUGGACCGUCUGACGGUCCUGCAGAAAGCCAUGUUAGAGGAUGUGAUUGACAAGGUCCGACAGGAACUAGUGGCUCUCUGGGACAAGUGCAACCAAGGCCCUGAGCAGAGUGAACCCUUCAACGCCCACAUCUGUGACGAUGACUUCACAGAGGAACUGUUGGCACUGCAUGACGCUGAGCUAUUGAAGGUGAAGAAUUACUAUGACCAGGCUAAACCCUUACUGGAGGUUCUGCAGAAAUGGGAGAAGUACUGGGCCCUCUUCCAGGACUUUGAGAAAAAGGCCAAUGAUCCAAACCGCUUCUCCAACAGAGGAGGAGCCCUUCUCAAAGAGGCCAAAGAGAAGGUCAAAGUUCAGAAGAUGUUGCCAAAGUUGGAGGAAGAGCUGAGGACUGGUGUUGAGAGCUGGGAGAAGGACCAGGGUUCUGCCUUCCUGGUCCAGGGCCAGAGAGUCAUGGCCUACAUCUCCAGCCAAUGGGAGGAGCACAAACGGCAGAGGAGCAAGGAGAAGAGUGAACGUGCCACUACAUCAAAGAAGGGGGAAAUGACAACUCUCUUCAAAACUCCCACGAAGAGGGCCCAUGGCGGGAUGAACACCCUCACCCCCAACAAGAUCAGGAAGCAGAUUCCUACCCAGCCUACCAUGGUGCGCUCCUACAGCUGCAGCUCAUCCAGCACCUUCAUCAGUGUGCCUAGCAGCAAGCCUCCUCUCUCCCAGGUUCAGAUGCAGAAAAUCAAGUCCCUUGAGAGAAGCAGCAGUAGUCAGAGAACACCCCUGCAGGAGUACAACGGUAUAGAGGGGAAAAAACCUGUUGACAUCAGCUACUCUGACUUCACUGGUGACCUGUCCAAAAAGCCAAAUGAUGCAGUUUUCAAUUCGACAGCAAAGGACCUUUUCUGAUUUUCUCAUGAUGGUCCCCACGUUUUAAGAUGUGUGUGUGUGUGUGUGUGUGUGUGUGGACAAUUCACCCCGCACAGGUUGUGUUGUGUCCACAUGGCACUCUCUCGUGGAUAUAUGGGCGGUGUUUGUAAUGGUCAGUGAGCAUUUCAGGUAAUGCAAGUCUUUAAUCUUGAUGUAAAUCAUUUUUUGUAUUUGGUGUUGCUGUUACUUUGAAAUGUGACCAAUUUUGCCUUUUUGUAUAGUAAUGCUUAUUUUAGACCCCCUGUAUGGAAGUGAAUAGGUCUAAAGGGACUCUGUAUGUGUCAGGUGUGGAUGAAACAUCAUAAAGCCAUGUUUUCCAGUUACUAAUACUGUGCAUUCCAGGGAAGUGAAUCACAAGUUUGAUACGGUAGAGCCCCUUAGAUGUUACAUGCAGUACUUUUGAUAUUUGACUGGUUUAUAAAUGGCCAGGCUCCACCAGAGGAAGCAUCCUGUUUUGAUACAGACCUUCCAGCAGAACUACAUGCAGCUCUUUCUGAAUGUAAAUAUUGCUCUCUUGAAAAUAUACUUUUCUUAUUGCACAUACGGUCUUGACAGUGUCUUGAUGUGUGCCUUGUCUUGUCAACAUGUGCCUGUUUAUUUUAUAUUUUGACUUAAUAAAUAUAUUUUUCAAUAGGA